AUGACUAUCUCUGAUAUACAUCUAGGUCAAUCGAAAGGAUUCGCCUUCGCACAAUUUGCUGGCAUUCCAGAAGCGAGGCACUUUCUCGAUCGUUUUUACCCGGCAGUUCCUCUUUAUGGCGUAUACGAUCCCACCCAAUCUGGUACUUCAGAGCCCACGAAUGUUCGGAUUGCUUUCGGGCGAGAGCGAGACGAUCGUGAAAAGGCAGGAAGGGGCGAAGAUGACUGGAAGUGUGACGUUGUAGGUCUGCUUCAAUAUUUUGACAAUUUCUUUCUUAACAUAUGCCAGUGCUUCCUACCAAACUUCUCUCAUCGUACAUUAUGCUUUAGGUGCAAUGCUCCUAGAACCCGUGAGUCUCUUCAUUCAGUCAUAUUGGCGCUGCUAAUCAACCCAGGUUCAACCGCACAUGGUCUUGUCGUUGCACAAAGCAACAUGUCUGCUUUCUCUGGAUUUGCGACCACUGGAGAUAGUGAUGCUUCUCCUGAUGGGGCGGCGUCUCAGUUUCUUCUUCUUCGAGGCUUGGAACCCGGAGUAAACGAAGAGUUACUCGCCAAGGGGGUUGGAAAACUUUAUAAAACAAAAGCAAACACGCCGCCGACUGACGGACAAGGGUCAAAGAAGAGACAAAUUUCCUCAACGACCAACGAUGCAAGCCUUGGUGCUAAGGAUGGAUCUCUACAACGGGUUCUCCUCGUUCGUGAUAGGAAGACCGAUGACAGCUGGAGAUACGGCUUUGCAGAGUUCAGCACUGUUGAGGAUGCACAGGCUGCCAUGGUCAAAUACAACUCGUCGGACAAAUUUACAAUCUCUUCUAAGCCUGUUACGAUAUCAUACAUCCAUGCCGGGGUUUUUGUACCGAUCUUACACCAGGUUGGGGAAGAGCACGCGAAGUUUACUUUUAGCCCUCUAUCAAACUCCGCCGUCAAGUUGAUGUACUGGGAUGAAGCAGCCUACGCUAGCGAACUUGUCACCGCUGUUCCUCCUUCACAAUCCACUGUGAAGAGCAAGGAAUCUGAGCAUACGAAACUCGCCCUGGCCGCAGCAAAAGAAGGUCUCAUCAAUCCAGGAAACGAAGGAGAGCCAAGAGUCAAGAAGAGAAAGACAGAAAAGGAGACCAAAGUUGUCGCCUCUCAUCUUCAGUUCUGGACGAACAGACAUGCAGAGAUCCAUGGGCUUCCUCAAAAAGAAGCUGGAAAUGAUGUAAUAAACCCGCAAUCAACUCCAAAGACGCCUUCCACGCCUGAAGUACCCUCGAGCCAAACUUUUGCAGACUUGGAUCGUAAAUGUUGCCUUCUAUGUGCACGUCAGUUUAAGACAGAGGCCGAGGUAAACAAGCAUGAACGCAUCAGUCAGCUUCAUCGUGAUAAUCUCAAGAAUGAGGACCUUGUUGCGAAAGCUAUGGCAAAGCUCAGGAAGUCAGGACAUGAGCCUGCAGAGGGUUCUUACAGAGACCGAGCCAAGGAGCGCCGGCAGGCUUUCAAUCAACCGAAGCAACCUGCUGCACAACAUAACCGUGCGAAAGACUCUGUUGGCACAUCAGUUCCCAAACAUGAAGUUGAAAAAGCUCCGAUCCAGUCAAAAGGCGCGGCGUUGCUAGGCAAGAUGGGCUGGACUGCUGGAGAAGGGCUCGGGGCUCAGGGUACGGGAAGAACUGAUGCAAUCGUUACCGAACUCUAUUCUCAAGGUGUGGGACUAGGCGCGCAGGGGGGAAAGAUUGGAGAUGCUGCCGAAGAGGCUCAGCGACAAACGAAAGGCUCGUAUGCUGAUUUCCUCAGCAAGACGAAGGACAAGGCCAAAGAGAGGUUUGAGAGUCUCGGCUAG